AGAAUGGUGAUGUGGGGUGGGAUCGAGAGGUGUGGAGGCUGUCUUUAGCCCCACCCUCUGGUGACAUCACACUAGAUACCUCCAAUCCCUGGAAGCCCCGCCCCCAGUGGCCCUGACCAGUGGAAGUGCCAUCAGUGCUUGGCACCUGGAGAAUCAGCCCAGUACCAACGCAGGAAUCAUCAGCUUCCAGGUUCAAGGGAAAUCCCUAGCAUGCUGCCUUGCCUUCCAUGUAUAGGACCCACCUUGUCUGCAGGAGCAGGAGGACCAAGAAGGAGUAACUAUCUGCCUGAGAAGGUAGAUUUGUGGUAGGGCUUGCUUCACUGGUGCAGAGCAGCCCCGUGCCAGGGCAUGCUGCCAUGGCCACCAUGGUGACCCAGAAGCUAAGCCACCUCCUGCACAGCAUGCGGCUGGCUCACCAGAAGCCUCAGCCAUCUGCACAGUCUGAGCCCGUCUUCACGGUGGACCGAGCUGAGGUGCCCCAACUCUUCUGGAAGCCCUACAUCUAUUCAGGCUACCGGCCGUUGCAUCAGACGUGGCGCUUCUACUUCCGCACGCUGUUCCAGCAGCACAACGAGGCGGUGAAUGUCUGGACCCACUUGCUGGCGGCCCUGGUGCUACUGCUACGGCUGGCCAUGUUUGUGGGGACUGUGGACUUCUGGGGAGACCCCCACGCCCUGCCCCUUUUCAUCAUUGUCCUUGCCUCCUUCACCUACCUCUCCCUCAGUGCCUUGGCUCACCUCCUGCAGGCCAAGUCUGAGUUCUGGCACUACAGCUUCUUCUUCCUGGACUAUGUGGGUGUGGCUGUGUACCAGUUUGGCAGUGCCCUGGCACACUUCUACUAUGCCAUUGAGCCCUCCUGGCACUCUCAGGUGCAGACCAUUUUCCUCCCCAUGGCUGCCUUCCUUGCUUGGCUUUCCUGUACUGGCUCUUGCUACAACAAGUAUAGUCAGAAGCCUGGCCUGCUAGGCCGAUCUUGCCAGGAGGUGCCUUCCGCAUUGGCCUAUGCGCUGGACAUCAGCCCUGUGGCACACCGUAUCCUGAUGUCCCCUGGCCCUGCCACCAAUGACCCUGCUCUUCUCUACCAUAAGUGCCAAGUCAUCUUCUUCCUGCUGGCUGCCGCUUUCUUCUCAGCCUUCAUGCCUGAGCGUUGGUUCCCUGGAAGCUGCCACAUCUUUGGGCAGGGCCACCAAAUUUUCCAUGUCUUCUUGGUGCUAUGCACACUGGCUCAACUAGAGGCUGUGGCACUGGACUAUGAGGCCCGGCGACCCAUUUAUGAGCCUCUGCAUACCCGGUGGCCUCACAACUUCUCUGGCCUCUUCCUGCUCACUGUGGGCAGUAGUGUCCUCACCGCCUUCCUCCUGAGCCAGCUGGUUCGGCGCAAACUUGAGCGGAAGACUCAGUGAAUGGGGGUGGCCAAGGUGGGAGGGAGAUAUAGUGGGGACCCAGGGGUUCGGGCUUGGCUUCACUUGGGAACAAGACCUGGUAAAGUUGUUUGUGUCUGGCCCAUGGUCACUCUCUGCGCAUGCCUCAUCAGCCAAGGGCAGUGCUGGCUAGUCCUUGGAUUUGGGGGUUGACCCAGAGCUGCUGAGGUUCACUUCUGGUCUGCUGUCUGGGUUCCUAUCUGGGAUAGGGGAAGAGAGAAAGAUGUGGACCACCGUGAUAUGGCUCCUCCUGUUGCCUCCUACUAGGGGUGAGGAUUGUUGAGGGAGGGGGUUGGGGAAAGCUUGGACCAAGCCCCUGUUUUGGUGUUUUGAGAUUAUCUGAAAAGGGUAAAGGUGGGAUUUAAGCCAAAGCUGAACUGAUAGUUAAAAAGAUCUCAGUAACCACCUUUAUCUAGACUUCACUGAUGGAUAGACAAGGGGAGCCUAAAAUGUGUUAGGAUCUUACUAUUCCUUGGACUCAAACUCAGGUUUGGAACUCCAGAUUGUUCCCCAAAGAUAAGAGAUUAUGCUAGUUGGAAGUGGAUCCCACCCAUACCUCUUCAUUACCUAAGUGAGUCCUAUGUCUCCUACCUCUGGUUUCUAUCUCCCACUCAUUUUGUUCCCAGCUUCUCACCUUUUCCCCUUCACAAUUCAUUAAUUCUGUGUCCCCUAGUUGUCCACUCAGAGGCAGGCCAUUGACUGACUGGCUAAGACUUUAAUAUAGAGGGGCCGGGUGGUGGCACAUCUGGUUGAGCGCAUAUGUCACAAUGUGUGAGCACCCAGACUCCAGCCCCCAGUCCCUACCAGCAGGGGGAAAGCUUUGCAAGUGGUGAAUCAGUGUUGCAGGUGUCUGUCUCUCUCCCAUCUCUACCACCCCCUUCCCUCUUGAUUUCUGGCUGUCUCCUGCCAAUAAGUAAAUAAAUAAAGAUAAUAAAAUUAAAAUAAGAAGACUUUAAUAUAGAAAUGGACUGUCAGGAGAGAAAACACUAAGGAGGGAUCAGUCAGGUUUUGGGCUGCAAGGUGAGUAGGAGUUUGCAGAUAGAGAAAAAGAGGGGUGUUCCUGGCAGAGAGAAAAACCUUUGCAAAGAGCCAGAGAUAAGGAAUGGAAUGGAAUAGGAUGGGUACUAAAAGUAAUCUGAAUGUUGAUACAUCCUGAGUACAAUAAAGAGACUGUGAUAACUUU